AUGCCGGACGGCAAUGGUGUGCCUCAUCUUGUAGACUUACAUGAGCAACUGGAUGACGACUUCUUGAGGAUAAAAAAUGACACUGAUAACCAAUAUUGGCUUUAUACUAGAUCUAAUCCCACCAGUGCACAGUUGAUCAUACACGGUGAUAAAGACACAAUAUGGAAUUCAAAUUACGAUGGUAACAAGCCACUACAAGUUGUUGUCCAUGGCUGGAACAGCGAUGUAAAUUCCUAUAUGAAUCCGCUCAUAACAUCUGCCUUCCUAGCGGUACUCGACACUAAUGUCAUUGUUGUUGAUUGGAGUACUCUUGCAAAUUCCAAUUACUUUUCAGCCACUUACGGUCUCCCAAACGUAGGCCAAGAUCUUGGAAACUUUUUAAAUUGGCUCAUUGAAACUGCUGGUGGAGACUGGGAUCACGUUCAUUUAGUUGGUUUUAGCUUAGGAGCUCAUGUCGUUGGAAUCGCAGGUCGCACAACUGGAGGAAAACCAGCACGUGUGUCAGGUCUCGAUCCUGCUGGGCCGCUGUGGUAUGGAAAUAAAAACGCAUUAAAUACCGACUCAGGAAAGUAUGUAGAAUCAGUUCACACAGAUGGCGGAUUUUUGGGGAUGUUUGAUCCUAUUUCCCAUGUAGACUUUUACCCCAAUGGUGGUACGAAUCCACAGCCUGGUUGCUGGAUCAGCACUUGCUCUCACAGUCGCUCAGUUGAACUAUUUGCGUCGAGUGUUCGCACCGACCAGUUUAUUGGUCGACUUUGUAAUAACACCACUGCACUGAAAAACCAUCAGUGCACUGGAAGUACAUUUAAUAUGGGAAACAGUGAAGUGACUAAGAGAGGAUCUGGUAUAUAUAGUCUGACAACAGGCAGUUCGUGGCCCUUCUUAUAA